AUGGCUGCAAAGUACUCUACAAAGCUUCACUUUCUUCUUCUUCUUCUCUUUUUUCUGUUAACCAAUUCUGCAACUCCACUAAACUUCAGUUUCUCUAGAUUCAACGGCAAGGACUACCCCACCAUAUGCACAGAAGGCGAUGCAUAUAUUGACACCCAAUUCCUCCGCCUCACCAACAGCAGCCUAGACAAUGAUAUGAAAGGCAGUGUUGGCAGAGCCACCUACAGCCGACCCUUCCUCCUCCGUGAAAACAGCACUGGAAAACUCGCUGACUUCACCACAAGUUUCAACUUCGCCAUCGUCUCCAUUGACUCAGACAACAAAUCCAGCUAUGGCGACGGCCUAGCCUUCUUCAUAGCCCCAAACGGGUCCUUCAUCGGCACCAAACUAGCAGCUGGUACCACUCUCGGCCUCCCUUACAACUUCACAUCUCCAAAAGACACCGCUUUUGUGGCGGUGGAGUUUGAUAUCUACGCUAAUCCAAUGGUCGAUCCCCCGUACGAACAUGUGGGUAUAGACGUAAACUCUCUCAACUCUAGCAUUACCAGACCUUGGAAAGGAGGUAUUAAGGAAGGAAAAAGAAAUAGCGCUACCAUUAGUUACAAUUCCACUUCAAAAAAUCUGAGUGUUGCCUUCACUACCUAUGUAAGCAAUACGAGUGAUACACAAGUGAUGAAGCAUUUUUAUUACAUUAUUGAUCUGAAACAGUACUUGCCCGAUUGGGUUGUUGUUGGGUUCUCUGCUUCAACGGGUAACUAUACUUCUCUGAAUAAGAUCAUCUCAUGGAAUUUCAAUUCAACUUCACUAGGUGAUCAUGACAGUAAGGUCGGUAUUGCAACGGACAACCAAACACCAAGCGCCAUGGCCAGUACUAAUUCCAACCGCAAGUCAAGAAACAAGAGUAUAGGCCUUGCAGUUGGGUUGGCGAUUGGUGGCUGUGCUGUCUUGUUUGGUGGAUUGGGUUUGAUUCGGUUAGUCAUGUGGAAGAAAAGGGAAACAACUUUUGAAAGUAGUGAUGAAGAUCCCAUAGUUCAUGAAUUGAUUGACGACGAAUUUGAAAAGGGGGCCGGACCAAGGAAGUUUUCGUAUAGCGAAUUGGCUCAGGCCACCAGCAAUUUUAGGGAAGGAGAAAAGCUUGGAGAGGGAGGAUUCGGUGGGGUUUAUAAAGGCUUUAUACCAGAUUUGAAGUCAUAUGUUGCUGUUAAGAAGAUAUCGAGGGGUUCUAAACAAGGACUUAAAGAAUAUGCUUCUGAAGUGCAUCAGUCGACUUAG